GUGUCCUACACCGACCGUACCAGCGAACUUUAGUAGAAGGUAAAUACCAUGUACUACCUGUAAAGGAAAUACCUCCUCAUAUUAUAAGACCAAGACAUGGUAUACGGGCUGAUGGAACAGUCCCUCCUGCCAUGCCACCUUCGGAGAGCUAUACGUGGCCUCGGUUUGAGAUAAAAACUCCCGAGGUUAUAGACCGCAUUCGCCGAGCUGCUCUAUUAGCUGGUAAAGCUUUAGAUGUUGCUUUGAAUGCUGCAAACCCAGGAACUACGACAACUGAGAUAGAUGACCUGGUCAUUGAUUUCCUCGUUUCCGAAGGAGCUUAUCCAUCUGGUAUCAACUACAUGGGUUUCCCCAGAGCAGUGUGUAUGUCUGUGAAUGAAUGCGUGGUCCAUGGUAUACCUGAUACCCGACCCCUACAAGCAGGGGAUAUAGUGAACAUGGAUGUUACCUGUUAUCUAGAUGGAGUGUAUGGUGAUACAUCAGAUAUGGCUAUUGUUGGUGGUGAGGUGGAUACUCAGGGAAGGAAACUUGUUAAUGCAAGCCACCGAGCUUUAGAAGCAGCUAUUAAGGCUUGUAAGCCUGGUCAGCCCUUCAACGCUAUAGCAAAGGCGGUUGUCCAGGUGGCCCGUGAAGAAGGUUUUACUGUGAACCCUCAGUUUUGUGGCCACUUCAUCGGCACUGAGAUGCACUUACUACCUAACAUACUGCAUACACCAGAGCAUGGUGAUAUGGAUGAGAUCAUGCAACCUGGGCAGGUGUUUACUAUAGAGCCUGUCCUUUGCGAAGGAGUGGGAUGGAGUAGACAAUGGAAUGAUGGAUGGACUUACGUAACCGUUGAUAACGGUAGGGCGGCACAGUGUGAGCACAUGGUCAACAUCACUACCGAUGGAGUUGAGAUCCUAACUAAACGUCCUGGUGCUGUAGGCUGUGGCCAAUAA